CCCUCCCCCCGGAAUGUUGGUGUGGUGGGAAAGCACAGUCCUCCCUCCUGUGAUGUGGCGUAUGUGUACCUGGGACUGAGAGUCUUGGAGGAAAAACAGCAGGUCUUAGAGAAAAGGACAGUUUGGGCAAAAACCUCAAAACCUGAGGAGUAAUACAUUAAACUUUGAAAUAAUGGACCUACAUAAAUGCUACUAAGAUUUAAUACAAAUUCAGAAGAGCCUGCAGUAGAUGCAGCAUUACCCUGACAGGACUUAUGCUCAGGUGGGCAUGCAGGGGAAGAGCUAUGAGAGAGAAGGGCCACAGCUGUGGGUCCCCAGGGGCUGUAAGACACAACCUGGCAUCUUUCUCAGUCAUCUCCUUGAUGGCCUACAUGUCCCAUCUUUGUCUUCUGGUCAAGAAUAUCCAUGUGGCUUCUUCACAUUUAAGAGACUGGAUUCUGUACUUCUCCAGGGCAGGUGUACAGACAAAGCAACUGAGCUCACUCAUGGGCCAUUUGCAUGGGGUGUAGGAGAGAUGUGGGCUGUGUGUGUGUUUGCCCCGCAGUCACUGUGUUCAUUAGGAGGCGAGUUCCUCCUGAUCUGAUGUCACUCAGCAGAAUGGUGUUGCCUGCACUGUGUCCUGCAUAAGCUGCCCCAAGUCUACAGUGGGUGACUUUGUUCUUGGCUGUUUACAUGCACAUGACCACGUUGUAGACACAUUAUUACAGCAUCUUUAUUUGACCAUAUUAAAAUAUAGCUAGACUAGGGCGGCACCCAUGGUUCAGUGAGUAGGCCGCCGGCCCCAUAUACCAAGGGUGACGGGUUCAAACCUGGCCCCAGCCAAACUGCAACAAAAAAUAGCCGGGCAUUGGUGGCAGGCGCCUGUAGUCCCAGCUACUCGGGAGGCUGAGGCAAGAGAAUCGCCUAAGCCCAAGAGCUGGAGGUUGCUGCGAUCUGUGAUGCAAUGGCACUCUACCAAGGGCAACAGAGUGAGACUCUGUCUCUUAAAAAAUAUAUAUAUAUACAUAUAUAUAUAUAUACACACACACAUACACAUACAUAGAGCUAGACUAGAUUCACAAAGAAGGGGAACCAUUUUUAAGUAAAUAAAUUAUUGUUCUAGUUGACUUAUAUGCCAGUUGCUGUUUUUUUUUGCUCUUGACAUUCAUGUGUUAACCCAGCCUUUGUUUCUUAUAUUCCCAAAUACUGUUUGAGGGGUCCUGACAAUCCCCAUUUCACAACCUUUCCUCUCAGGAAAGAGUAACCUCAAAAAUAGGUAAAAGGAAAUUGAGGAAGGAGACUUCAGAACACAGUGUUGUAGGAGUGGCCGGCUCACCGGGGUGGGGCCUGCUUUGGCUCACAGUUGGUGCCUGAUCCUUCCUAUACCCCUCUGUCACGGCCUGCUUCCCAGCCAUCCUUGGUCUUUUCGGUCCACUGUCUUAAAAUGGUCCUUUACAUCCCACGGUGGGUGCCCCGGGAUUUGAAUGUCCUAACAGCAAACCUCAUAGAAGGAAACAGGAGAGCUUUCAGUCGUGAGUUUGAAGUGCAGCGUGUGCUUUUGUCCUUACUGGUGACGUUCAGUUCAUCAGAAGCACUUUGUAUCAGAAGACAUGUGCCUUGAGAAUGGGAUUUUUUUUUUUUUUUCUGAAACAGUCUCACUAUGUCACCCUGGGUAGAGUGCCAUAGUGUCAUCAUAGCCUGUAGCAGCAUCAAACUCUUGGACUCAAGCGAUGCUCUUGCCUCAGCCUCCUGAGUAGCUGGGAUUACAGGCGCCUGCCACAGCACCCAGCUAGUUUUCCUGCCUUUAGUAGAGAUGGUCUCACUCUUGCUCAGGCUGGUCUCAAACUCCUGAGCUCAAGCAAUCCACCCCCGUCAUUCUCCCAGAAUAUGAGGAUUACAGGUGUGAGCCACCAUGCCUGGCCCAUGUUCACAGAAUUUACAACCAUUACCAUUAUGUAUUUUCAAAACUUUUUCUUCGCCCCUCCUUUUUUUUCCAUGUGUAUUGAGAGUCUUUCUCAGCAGGUUGCCCUCUACAUGUCCCCUUCUCUACAUUUUAUCUGUUAAAGAAUUGGUGUGUUUGCUUUUUUUCCCCCUCUUCCGGGGACGCUGUUUAGAGGCACUCAGAAUGGUGCAGCAGUUGAUAUACCGUCAUAGGGUUUCCUACAAUACAGUCUCUAACAAAACCAGGCUGUCCCGAACCUCUGGUAACAGAAUUGUUUACCUUUAUACCAAGAAGGUUGGGAAAGCACCAAAAUCUGCAUGUGGCAUGUGCCCAAGCAGACUUCGAGGGGUUUGCACUGUGAGACCUAAAGUUCUUAUGAGGUUGUCUAAAAUAAAAAAACAUGUCAGCAGGGCCUAUGAUGGUUCCGUGUGUGCUAAAUGUGCUCGUGACAGGAUCAAGUGUGCUUUCCUUUCUGAGGAGCAGACAAUCGUUGUGAAAGUGUUGAAGGCACAAGCACAGAGUCAGAAAGCUAAAUGAGAAAAUGAAGUUUUUUUUUUUUUUUUGAGUAAUAAAAAUUAAGACUGAAAAAAAAAAAAAAGAAUUGGUGUGUUUUAUCCUCGGUACCUGCUUUAGACCCUGUAUGAGCGUGUGCAUGGAGUAGUCUGGCAGGCCCUUGGUCCUGUCCUGCCUAAGAAUCGCUGGCAGGAUCUCGAGGCUGGAGCAGAGUCUACUCAAGUCUCUGUUCAUGCAGGAGGCUUGCUGCACGCGCUUGCCUGUUACUAGGGACCUUAGUAGCUCUUGCCUGAUUGGUCUCCAUUUUAAAUAUAUGAUAUUAAUUAGGCUCGGAAGAAAACUUACUCAAACUGAUGUUACUUCUUUCUCUUUUUCAAUAAUAAUAUUAUGUCACAUACACACUGGUAGCAUUAUAGUGGGAAUAUUUCCAUGGCACUGUCUUGUAUUUGAAACUGAUAUUUAGAUAGAAACGUGUUCACUGAACCACUGAGUUUGUUCAGCCGUGGGGUGUUCCCCGCGCCUCUCUGAUUCCAGCACAGCUUUGCUCGCACAUAGGCUCUGUGCCUACAGGUGCUUCUCCAGCUCUUCCACCACAGGUAGCUCCAGGACCUCCUCCCCUCCACUGGCUUUGUUCUUUCUUAGCUCAAAAUUAUCUGUAUUCUGUAACUUGGAAGAGAGAAGUUUGUACUUCUGGGAGCAAUGGGGAUGGGGAGCACAGGAUGCAGUGUAGCACUGGUGUUCCUAGUCUUCCUGCUUUCCAGGUGGUACAGGGGUGUGGGAUGGGAUGACAUAGAAAUUGGAUUCUGGGCCCGGCACGGUAGCUCAUGCCUCUAAUCCUAGCACUCUUGGAGUCUGAAGCAAGUGGAUUUGCCUGAGCUUCUGAGUUUCAGACAGCCUGAGCCAGAGCGAGACCUCAUCUCUUAAAAAAAAAAGGUAGCUGGGCGUUGUGGCGGGUGCCUAUAGUCCCAGCUACUUGGGAGACUGAGGCAAGAGACUCACUUAAGCCCAAGAGUGAGGUUGCUAUGAGCUGUGACACCACAGCACUUUACCGAGGGUGAAAAAAUAAAACUCUGUCUAAAAAAAAAAAAAAAAAAUCUUCAAACUAAAGAAAUUGGCUUUUGCUUGAGGAAUGGAAGUCAGUCGUGUGAAGACCAGGGCCAGCAGAAGGGGAGAAAAGCCACAUCCUUGGCUGUCGCAUGGUAAGCACAAGACUGUUUUCUUCAGGGCCUGGAGGCUCGCCCUUAGCCUCACCUAUAGCCUCACUGGAAUCUGUGUCUUGAGUCUUGUUUCCCGAGAGGCAGAAACUACCUUAGAAGAGCAGCUGUAGCAGUCAGCACGUGCCCAGUGCAUUUCCUUCCUUCUCUGGACUACCUCACACCUCUGCUCCUUGUGCCCUCGUGUGUGGGCAGCUUCGGCUUCAGCAAGCAGGGCCAUGCCCGCCAGCUCCCCUGUCCACGCCUCCGUGUAUUUCCUGUGAAGUUGGAGAUGGUGGGAGAAGAGGCAGCUGUUCCUGCCCAGGUCCACCCUGGAAGGACAAUAGGGUAUAAAGAGAGUACAUGAAAGUGUUUCUUCAAGUAAUUGGAUUUUAUGUUUUACUAUAUCUGAAAAGUAGGCAUAAAUUUUAUUUCUGAUCAGGGGAUUUUCUUGCUGUGGGGUAGUGUGUUUCAGCAAGGUGAGCCUGUUUCCAGCCCACAUUUAACAGUCACCGGGCCAUGAUCCAGAGCAGAGCUGGCUUGUCACUACUGUUUCUGAGGAGCUGUUACUUCUGAGUAUCCUCUUCACACCCAGAAUCUCUUCUGGGUGCCCCACAUGUGUGAUUUUUAAUCCCUCCCAGCACCCUGCUGCAGGUGUAUAGUGUCCCCAUUUCCCUGGGGACCUGAGCUGACACAACACCACGACAGCAGCAGGAGCGCUUUGCCUGUGUCUGGUUCAGAGCCUUUGGCACUAUACUGUGUGAUGAG